UUUCAUAUAUAUUUGCCAUCUCAUUUGUAGCCAUUCUUUCUUGUGUAGAUAUGGACCGCGUGGAUAGCUCAACCACGUUGCGUGGAAGAGGCAGGAACAAAAGGAAUUGGACUUCUGAUGAGGACGAUGAGCUAAUUAAAGCCUUGUAUGAGUUGUCUUUGGAUCCGAGGUGGAAAGCCGAUGGUUCAUUCAAAGGUGGGUACUUGGCAAUAUUGGAAAAACAUCUUGCUGAGAAGUGUCCAGGCCGUGGUAUCACCGGAGUUCCACACAUUGAAUCAAGAGUGAGGCACUUCAGGAAGAAAUUUGGUGCUCUUGAAGUAAUGAUAUCCAAAAGUGGUUUUACAUGGGAUGGAAAUAGGAAGAUGAUUCAAUGCGAGAAGGCACAAUAUGAAGAACGAUGUAAGAAUCACAAUGAGGCUAAGGGAUUGUAUGGUGUAUCAUUUCCAUACUUUGAGCAAUUGGCUGCUAUCUAUGGCAAGGACAUCGCAACAGGGGAAAAUGCUGAAGGCUUUGGAGAGGCAGUCGGAAACUUUGAGAAGGAAAUUGUGAAGAUCAACUCAAGUGAAGAAUUUGAG